GAGAGAGAGAGACACACACACACACACACACAUACACACAGAGAGACAGACAGACAUGCAGCGUGUGUGUGCGUGUGUGUGUUGUAUGCGGUAGAGGCGCGCGCGCAGAACCGUAUGGCGCUCUCUCUCGGUGCGCCGGUCCUGCACGCGCGCUGAAAGUCGGGCUCGGGAUUGUGUUUACCUUCUGGAGAUUUUGUGGAACCGGGAACAGCGGCGUGUGUGUGUGUGUGUGUGUGUGUGUGUGAGAACAUGCGUAAAGAUGAUGGAGAGUUUCCCCGCACGGCACUGAGACGCGAGGCGCGCGCAGGACUGAGCUCGUUCACGCGCAUAGAGGUGAUGUAGUGAAUGCGAGGAGAUUUGGUGGAUCUCAGCAUGAGCUCGGUGAACGGGAAUAAAGAGAGGAGCGGCAGGAACCGGAAACACACGAUGAUGGAUUGUUCUCCUACCAAAUCAGCUUCGUUCUCUCCGGACUCCUGGUACCGUAAAGCGUGUGAGGAGUCUCGCUCUGGGUGCCGCCCAGUUCCUGAGGGAGCUCGCUCUGUUCCUGGUUCCUCAGGUGCUCCUUCUCCCGGGUCUGGAACCUCCUCCCCGGGGUCUUUCUCCAGUUCUCCAGGAACCGUGUCUCCAGGGAUUGGGACAAGUUCUCCAGGUUCUCUGGGAGGUUCUCCAGGAUUUGGCACAGGUUCUCCAGCCUCGGGUAGUGGUAGUUCUCCGGGUUCUGAGAGAGGAACCUGGUGUGAUACCUGCACUGGCCGCCUGGUGGAGCUAAAGAGGCAAGCAGCCAAACUGCUCCUCCCUGGACCUUACUCCUCCAAGGACCCAUCGCUCUCACUGCUCCUCCAUGAUAAGUUGCAGAUCCCCAGCAGCCCGAGGAAAGCAUGGAAUGAACAUGAGGGUCGCUGUGAAAUUUGCUUCACACACCUGAGCCAGUUAAAACAGGAAGCUAUGCGAUUGGUCCUUACCUGUGAUGUGUCACCCGGGUCUCCGCCCUCACUCACCUCAUUGGUGGGUACGAGGAGCCACAUCCCAGGCUCGACCCCCCCCCACCUGCCUGGAUCAUACCAUGCAGUCACUCCUUCUUCCUCCUCUAACGGUGCGCUUUUGGCCUCCAGCGUCUCAUUAACCUCUAACGCAACUACUGCCAGUGUUAGCAGUGCUAGCAUUAGCAGCCCUCAUUACACAAAACAUGGCACUAAACCCAACACACUUGGUGUUGAGAGGAAGAGCAGCUCUCCAGCACACAGCCAGUCCGAGAACACCUGGUCACCUGCACAUCUGUCUCGCUCUAAUGGAGUCACACUCUUCCCUUAUCAGAUAUCAGACAGUAAUAUAGAGUGCAUAAGUGAAGCCGGACUGAACCGAUGUAACACUGAUCGUCAGGCCCCGCCCCCGAAUCUACCCACUACAGCGCCCUCUACAGGAGCCUCAGCCGCUGCUUCAUUUUUCGCCAGAGCGGCUCAGAAACUAAACCUUUCCUCUAAAAAGAAGAAACAGAAGCCGACGCCCACUGCUCCUUUGGCCCCACCCCUUUUCCCAACACAUUUCAGUGGAAUCCUGCAGGUGACCCCGCCACCAGCUCCACCCUGUCUCCUCAGAGCUGUCAGUAAAGUGAGAGAUAAUCCAGGACUUGGAAAGGUGAAGGUGAUGCUGCGUGUGUGUGCCGUGUCCCACGCCGAGUCCAGCUCCUUUCUGAAAGUGGACUCUCGUAAGAAACAGGUUAUCAUUAUGGAUCCGGUGUCUAACUCCGCCUCUCAGCAGAACACCAACCAGAAACGAGGAGCCUCCACCCAAACCCCACCCAAAAUGUUCACCUUCGAUUCUGCAUUCUCACACGAUGCUUCACAGGCAGAAGUGUGUGCAGGUACAGUAGCAGAGGUGAUCCAGUCGGUGGUGAACGGAGCUGAUGGAUGCGUUUUCUGUUUCGGUCACGAAAAGCUGGGGAAAACGUAUACCAUGAUUGGGAAGGACGACUCCAUGCAGAACCUGGGCAUUAUCCCCUGCGCUAUCUCCUGGCUGUUUAAGAUAAUUACGGAGAGGAAGGAGAAGACUGGGGCUCGCUUCUCUGUCCGUGUCUCUGCUGUGGAGGUCUGGGGGAAAGACGAGAACCUGAAGGACCUGCUGUCUGACGUGGCUACAGGCAGUUUACAGGAUGGACAGUCACCUGGAGUCUACCUGUGUGAGGAUCCCAUCUGUGGCAUGCAGCUGCAGAAUCAGAGUGAGUUGCGAGCACCCACAGCAGAGAAAGCGGCGUUGUUUCUGGACGCAGCGAUCGCAUCGCGCUACAGCAGCCGAGUCGAGUGUGAGGAGGACGAACAUCGCAACUCACACAUGCUCUUCACACUCCACAUCUACCAGUACCGCAUGGAGAAAACCGGCAAAGGAGGAAUGUCCGGAGGCCGCAGUCGUCUGCACCUGAUCGAUUUGGGAAGCUGUGUAAAGGAGUUGACUAAACCCGGUGAAAGUGCCACGCCCACGCAGUGUUUGUCUCUCUCAGCUCUGGGGAACGUCAUCCUGGCUCUCGUCAACGGUUCCAAACACAUUCCCUACAAGGACAGUAAGUUAACAAUGCUGUUGCGAGAGUCGCUGGGAAACAUGAACUGUCGUACCACCAUGAUUGCACACAUCUCCUCCUCUCCCAGCCACUUCUCAGAAACACUCUCUACACUGCAGAUCGCUUCUCGGGUGCUGAGGAUGAAGAAGAAGAAGACUAAAGUAAGCGUGCAGUACACGUCUAGUUCCUCUGGUGGAGAAAGCUCAUGUGAGGAGGGAAGAAUGAGGCGUCCGACUCAGCUCCGAAACAUACACUCCAGGAACGUCGGAGACUCUGAAAUACCACUGCUUCACAUUUCCAGUGACCCAGAUGACUAUUCAAGCAGCGAGCAGUCCUGCGACACCGUAAUCUAUGUAGGUCCAAAUGGUUCGUCGCUUUCGGACAAAGAGCUCACGGAUAACGAAGGUCCUCCGGAGUUUGUGCCCAUCAUCCCAUCUAUACAUAAAAGUAAGUGUGACCAAGGCAUGCUAGCACAGCCGGCUCAGUCAGCUGACUCUCUCAUCCAGCCUGCUCAGUCCAUUCAGACUCUUCACCCUCAGACUCUUCCACCUGUACCUGAAGAAACCACAGAGUCCAGCAAGCAGGAGAAAGAUUGUCUCAAAUGCAACACGUUUGCUGAGCUGCAGGAGCGAUUGGAAUGCAUUGACGGCAGCGAAGAGGUAAACAAGUUUCCUUUUGAAGAAGUUCCAGCCAGCAGAUUUAAGAAAAUGGAGCCCCUUCCACCUUGUACCACUACAAGUUCUCCCAAGAGGAUCUCUAAUGAUCAACAACUGGAGGAGAUCCGUGAAGUGGUGGAGGAAGCAGAGAUUGCACAGUCCAUUAUAGAAAGUCUGACAAAGUCUACAAUAAACGCUCUUUCUAGCAGUCGAAGUGUAACUGGAGGUAGUGGAGUUGGACAGCUCACGUCUCUUCAAAGGGCCAACAGCUCCAGUCUUCAUAACAGCAGGGAGUCCAUUAGUGGAGGAAGCAGCAGUGACAGCAAACCUCGUCCCAUGGGUUCUCCCAGGCUUGGUAUCGCUAGCUUGACAAAAACAUCAGAAUACAAACCUCCCUCGUCCCCUUCUCAGCGCUGCAAAGUGUACACUCAGAAAGGAGUAAUGCCCAGUACACCUCCACAUUCCUCACAAAACCUCUACAGAGAUUCAGGAAAGUCAUCCACUGAGUCAUUGCUCCAGGCUUCAGAUUUUAGAACAUCUCCUGUUGGCAUGGGUCCUCAGGUACUGAAGCGCUCAUCUUCCUCCAACAGUUUAGGAUCAGUGGACACGCUGUGUGACGAUGUUCCUCAACUACCUCUGGACAAUAAGAACAGCACCUCAGUCACCUUGCAGCAGUUCUUGGAGCCACAGGGCGAGGAUGAGUUGCUUUUUACCCUGGUCGAGGAGCUCACAGUCAAUGGUAUCAUGGAGAAUGGUAGGCCUACCAGCAUUAUCAGCUUCAAUAGCGACUGCUCAGUUCAAGCUCUUGCAUCAGGUUCAAGGCCCAUCAGCAUCAUCAGCAGCGUGAGUGAAGAUAUGAAGUGUACCAAUGCAGCCUCCACUACCACUGCCAACAUCUCAGAAGCCAACAUCGCUAAAUUGAUGCCGCUCAGCAAGGAGGAAGGAGCCGUAAUUAUAAGCCAGUGGUCAUCAAGCAGAUCUUGGCUGACCGAAAUGAGCACAGAAAGUGCUGAAGAGCAAUCUUGCCAUAGUUUUGUUAAACAACAAUGCGUUGGGCAGGCUGAGGGACUAGCUGAGUCUCAGAUUCUGGAAAUAAAUGAGGAAGAGGGAAACAAAGAGCUCACAAAAGAGAACGAGGAGGAUCAAAAUGUUUUCUGUGAAACUUCUGCCAAAAUGUCUCCAACGCCAACAAAAACAACAGUCACCAUUUCCAAUGUUCGGUCAUUAUGCACAUUUAGCAGCUUCUCCCAUAACAAAACGUAUAAAACUGCCCAGCCUUGUUUCAAUCCAAUGAUUCUUGAUCCAACAACCAAAAUCCCUUCUGUCAAUGAUCCCAGAUCUCCACCAGCUCCUCUCUCAAGUGAGAUCAUCUUUGAUGAUCCUUGGAUGAAAAGGGAUUCCUCCAAACCUGAGGAAAAUUUCUGUGAAAAGCUCAAGAAAGGAACAUCUGAUUCUAUGAAGAACAAAAGUGUGUUUGACAGAAACAGUUCCAGCAGAUGUGAGGCAGCAGGUUCUCCUGAUUCGUUCCGGAGGGUUGUAGAUGGUUGUGAAAUGGUUCUAAAUACUUCAGAAAGCAUCACACCUGUUUUUUCAGCGAACAUCCUCAGGACUGGCAGCCUUCCUAGAGCAUGGCAUUGUCUAAACAAGCAGAAUGAUCUGGAUGAUUCUUCCAUUUGCUACACAAGUGGAGAAUAUAAAAUUCUUGGAGUUACUACGUCCACUCCCUGCAGUCCACUAGCCACACUGGAGCGGAGAGGAUCAUCUGGAAGACAAGGGCUCUUUACUCGUCCAAAAGGAGCACCACCUUUACCCCCUGUGAGGAAGUCAAGUCUUGACCAGAGGAACCGAGCCAGUCCCCAACACAAUUCGACAAGUAACCAUGGUCCAAACUUGCACUUAUCCUUCUUGGGCAGCACACCAGAAGAUCUGGGUGUAAAUGGAAAACAAACAGGACAGAACUUUGAGAGUAGCAGACUUUUUAGUGCCAAACUCGAGCUUUUAGCAAACAGAACCAACUCUCUGGGAAGAUCUCAGGGUGCCCAUUAUGAUUGUUGUUCCCUGGAGAGAGGGGAGAGACUGAUGCUGGUUGGAUCUAAAGCAGCUGUAGUGAAAGACAGCACCAUGCCCCGGGUUGGGAGAAGCCUGACACGUAACUCUGCCUCCUCUCCGACCAAUGGACCAAACUGCAUCUCCAGCGUAACACAUUCCCCCAAAUCAAGCCAAACCAAAAUCUCAGCUGUUACCAAACUCCUCAUGGCCAGUCCCAAGUCUCGAAGCCUUUCCACGUCUAGCACCAAGACCUUGAGCUUUUCCACCAAAUCUCUUCCACAGUCAGUAAACCGGAGCUCCAGCCUGCCCCCUAAUGGAAAGAACCCAAACCCCAAUUCCUGGUCAACACAGUCACUUAGCCGUACCAGGGGAUCAGGAAUUGCCUCCAAGCUGCCUCUUAGAGCUGUAAAUGGACGCAUUUCAGAACUUCUGCAUGGCAGUGCUGGUCCAGCUGGUCUUGCACGAGGUACAUGCAACACAGAGGAAAAAGCAGGACCAGUCCAGGGUGCAGAAAAGCCAGUGGUCCACACGUUACCAUCCCCUUACAGUAAGAUCACUGCUCCAAGGAGACCACAUCGCUGCAGCAGUGGCCAUGCUAGUGACAACAGCAGCGUGUUGAGUGGAGAACUGCCUCCAGCCAUGGGGAAAACUGCCCUCUUCUACCACAGCGGGGGCAGCAGUGGCUACGAGAGCAUGAUACGUGACAGUGAGGCCACCGGGAGUGCUUCUUCAACUCAGGACUCUAUGAGUGAUAAUAGCAGCUCAGUUAGUGGACGGAGGAGUCUGAAAAACGCAAAGAAAAGGAACAAUACGGGCACCCAGAGAAGGCGCCUCAUUCCCAAUUUGACCCUUGACCCCACAACCCCAGUAAGGAAGCCAAUCCUGAGCCCUGGAGUUCGCUGGGUUGAUGGUCCACUUCGCCCCCCUCAGAGGGGUGUGGCCGAACCUUUCGAGAUUAAAGUUUAUGAGAUCGAUGAUGUGGAGCGUCUGCAGAGGAGGAGGACAGCCGGCAGUAAGGGUGUGGUAUAUUUCAGUGCUAAGCUAAAGAUUUUGGAGCACCGACAGCAGAGGAUUUUAGAAAUACGAACAAAAUACGACUGGUUGAAAAAAGAACUAGAACAAACCAAACAGCAUCUAAUGCUGGAGCCUGAGAAGUGGACCUCCGAGUUUGAUGUGGAGCCAGUAUUCGAGGUGGACUCUCUAGAGUAUUUGGAGGCUCUGGAAUUCAUCACACAGCGCCUGGAGAAUCGAGUUAACUUUUGUAAGGCCCACCUGAUGAUGGUCACAUGCUUCGACAUCACAUGUCGCAGACGGUAACCAUGCAAGAGAAGAAAGUGUCUGCAGUAAUAAUAAUAAGGGUGAAUUGGAGACAGGAAGUCAAUCAGAUAAACAAAAGUGAAUUUGUUGUAAUGUUGGUUUUCUGGGUAAUAAACAAAUCAGAGACUGUAA